AUGAGCUCGAGACGAUCUCGAAUACGUCUACGACGGCAGUCGUCGCCAGAUGCGGUCCCGUCGUCGCCAGCCUCCAAGCUGGGGCCGCUCUCCGUAUCAACUCUGGCUGGGCUCGUCGCAGCGGCAUUUGCACUCUUCGUAUUGGGGACAUGGCUAAUUGUGCUUCUCAUUCGACGCAAACGAAGGCGAAACAAGCGGGUGAACCCGAUCGGAGGACGACUGAAAGCGAGGAGGCUCGGCGACGAGGACACUGAGCACGAGCAGAAAAUUCAAAACAAUGUCCAAAACGGCGUCUCUGAUUUCUCUCGCAAGGAUGGCGCUUCUGGUGGUCCGUUUGCUCAUGUCGGCAGCGACGGCACCGAAUACAAAUUCGACCCGAACAUGCCACUGGGAAGGGAUCCUCUCGCACCAGCAUCACAGUUCGCAUCAAAGUCGCACGGUACCUCAAACGCGCCUCAAUCUAUCAUCCUACCUUCCCUUUCCCCUAACCCGCACCAAGCUGCAUCUCCUUAUACGGCCCAAUCCUCGUCAUGGAACUCGCCCUCUUCCGUCACGCCCUUAUAUUCGACCUCGCCUUCUAUCCCCACAACACCAUCCCCUCUUCGCCAUUCCUCCUCGGAUAGUCCCCAACAGUCUACCCCGAAUGUUGCUGGACCUUCCAACCCUCGACCACCGAUGCGAGCUAGAGCUCCCUCACAGCUGUCGAAAUCCUUCUCCGUCAUAGAUGCGCAAGAGGCUGCGGACAUGCCCGAGCUUCCACCUCAAGAACCGCUUGUACGAAGUCGGUCCAGUACAAGCAGACCGCGAAAACUGGAGAAGCGUCGACGUUCUGCUUCUCUACGUCGUAGCAAAGCUGGCGACACGCCCGUUCCAGCUCGCACGAGUCAAGGAGACAACAACCAAGAUGCACCAAAGAUUCAGUUGCAUCAUACACCUUCAUUCACGCAGCCCCUCAGUGACUCUGACCAGAGCACCAAGACCAUUGUGCCAAGUAAAACCAAACCCGCCAACUCACCUGCACCCUCCGAUACUCCCCCCAACUCUUAUACUCCCACACCUCACACCCUCACUCGACAACGCUCGGGUAUCCGACAGCCUGGAGAUGCCAAUCACUUGCGGCCGCCAAAGGAGCCGAGUGGCGCGACCGGAAAUAGCCCACUCUCGCGGGCCCAGUCGUCGAACGAGCAAAAUUAUGGCACUACCAUAUCGCCCAAUGUCAACGUGCAUGGGGCGCCAUAUGGCCAGGCGGCGGGUCGUCCUCAGCCGACGCCUCUUCAAUCGCAGAACCUUGGCGCUCUUCUGUGGUCAUCUCAGUCCAAUGCCAAUUUCGAGAACGACGUGUUGGCAUAUCACAAGGCAGCUGGAAACGUACCCAAGCCAUUCAAACCGUUUGCAUUCCAGUUUCCCAGGCGUUCACCCACCAUUUCGACGAGCACGGGUGGCCCAAGCCGAAGCUUUGCCAACCUUCCAGUGGCAGAAAGUGCGGGGAACUCGAAUGGAUUUGCGGCUCUCGUGGCUGCUGCUGGUCUCUCUUCGCCCGUAAACUCUCCAUCGCCAUCGCCAGUUCCCGCCGGGAGACCACCAGUUGGUGUCAACGCGUACGGUGAUACAUUGAACAGCAACACACCUUGGCGACCCUCGACAGAAGGCCUCACAGCGUUUCCUCCGAGAUCGUCGACCGAUGCGCUUACAAACUUUGGAAAUGGUCCGCUGGAAAGUCGGCACUCGAUGCAGUCUGGCUAUUCGAUGGAGGUACCGUGGGAGACUCACGAAGGAGGCGCGUCAUCGCCGUCUGCAUUCUCUUUCUCAACCGACCUCUAUGGAUACGGCAAUACUGGUCGGGGCUCCGCAUCCAAUUCCAUCGACCUCUAUAGACGAGUGGACCCGAGUACACUCAUUACUGGCGCAUCCACCGGAGCAGGGACCGGCGAAGCCGACCUGGAUGGUCGGCAUUCAUUGUCACUCCUUGGUGGUGAACCCCUGACUGCGGCGGAACUCGACAGUCGAGGGCUUCGAGUACGACGGUUCCGAGAAGGUCACGCUUCGGUGUCCUCUUUCACUGCCUUUAAUGCAACGGGAGCGGACGAGGGACGUAGCACACGGACACCAAGCUGGACACUGGAAGCGCUGAGGGAAAACCUCUUUGGCCCAGCGCAUCGUCGUGGUCAAGAGUCUGUUGCAAGUUCUUCCGUCGGUAGCCAACGAUCGAGUUUACUGCCAUGGAACAAUGCCGCACUGGGCGUCGCUAUCGGACCUCCAGCCCUCGCAAGCCCGCGCGAUGCCAACUUUCAAUUUGCGAUUGGGGGAACCCCGGGGACGAUGGCAAGUUCAUCUUCAUCACAUCCUUAUGCCCAAUGGACCGGUCAGCAGCUGCCAGGAGCUUCGUAUGGCGAGGCCGUCGGCAUGCCUCCCUCUGAGCCGCGGGUCAAGACGGUUGUUCGCGCAUUUGCACCGCUCUUACCGGACGAACUCGUCCUUCGUCCCGGUGAAGAACUCGUCGUACUCCAAGAAUUUGAUGAUGGGUGGUGCGUCGUUGCAAGAGAGGGCCUCGGAUCCAGUGGCGCUCCUACUCCCCCCGGUCUCGAUCCAGAUGAUCUAGUGUCGCCAAACGCUGAUAGAAAUAGUCUUACUGGCUCCAGUUCGUCUCGCGGCAAACGCGUCUUGGAAAUGGGCACCUGCCCAUGCUGGGUGUUUGAUGAGACAAGCUCACGAGAUGCCGAGUUUACACGUCCAAUGCGAAGCACAUCCCUUGGCGUCACCGUCUCCAUGCGAUUGCCAGCUGCUUCGAGUCCGCACCCGGGUUCCGUCUCCGGCCGGGAUAGCUUCUCGUUUCCACAUGUGCCCAGCGGCGAUGGACCCUCAAAAGUCCCUCGCAUGGGUACACCAAUACGAGAAGAGGUCAUUAGCUGGAGCAACUUUUAG